AUGGUCUUCGGUUUCGGCUCCUCGUCCUCGUCCUCAUCUUCGUCCAAGCCCGCAGACGGCGCGCCCCCUACCCGCCAGGAGCGCCAGCGCUGCUGGACCACCCGCGACGCCUACUAUGCCUGUCUCGACAAGCACGACAUCAUGUCGGCCGGCGAGGGCGACGGCGCCGGCGCCGCGCUGGGCGACAAGGAGGGCGUGUGUGCCGAUUUCAGAAAGGCAUACGAGUCGAGCUGUGGCAAGAGCUGGAUCGACUACUUCAACAAGCGCCGUAUCCUCGAGUUCCGCCAGGCCAAGACCCUCGCCGAGGCCGCCCGUCAGCGCGAGGAGGCUGCCAGGCGGUAG